UUCUCCAGUCCGCGAGAGUCGUCGUCGCUCGGGCAACAGCGUCCUAGAGACACCGAGUGGGCUGGGUCUCCGCGUUCAGGCGUCCCGGGCACCCAGCGCGCACUUCUCGCCCCACGAGGAGAAUAGGAAGGGGGCGAGGCAGGUGCCAAGCUCGUGGAGGUUCUGCGGCUGCUGCGGUGAAUAGGACGGUCCUGUUCUGGUGGAGCUGACGUGGUGUUUGGGGAAGUCAGACUGUAAAACCGGUGGAAAGGUGGUGACAUCUUCCUUCCCGGAUCUCUGAGGGUCGCGUGAAAAACGUGUGCCUUCCACCUCUUCCUCAUGCUGUGACGUCCCCAGCUGUGUGGCACCUGGAGAAACAACCAGCUCCGGGAGAUGGGGUGGGCACCCACCCAGAGCAGGGACCCCUUGGGAGGCCUCGGGCUGUUAACAAGACGGCGGCUUUAAUGAAGCUCCUUCCCAGAAUACACAAAUCCAGGACCUUUUGUCUCGAAGCAAAUGAACCGCAGCAAAAUGAAUAUCAACAGCAUCAAGUCAGGCAGCACCAAGGCCAGGGAUUUAAUGCGCAAAAUGGCUCUCAUGCCAGAUUGGCAUACUUCGUGUCCUCACGCGCAAAAAUCCACAGAUUUAAGGCCCCAUUCUUCACCAUGUAGACUCUGUUCGAGAAAUGGUUUCCCAAAUAUGGUCAGACCUUCUUCAACCACAGCUAUUGCAAAUCCAAUACUGUCCUUCUUAGAUGUUAAACGGAUUUUAUUUCAAAAAAUUACCACUAAAGGAGAUGAGUUGGUAAAAGCCUUUCAUCUGCUCGAUACCGGUCACACCAUGACAGUGUCCAAGAGUGGACUGAGAAGAAUUGUCACCAUCUUCCUGCUGCCUCUCACGAGAGAACAGUUUCGCGAGGUGCUGGCCCAGAUCCCGCUCACCAGCUCCGGUGCUGUGCCCUACUUUGAAUUCCUGUCCAGGUUCGGUGGGAUUGACCCGCAGAUACAUGCUGUAAAGAGGGACAGUGGACACGAAAUGAGGAGCUGUCGGACACUGAAAGAACUGGAAAUCCAAGUAGGAGAAAAGAUUUUAAAAAACAUUAAAACUGUCGUCAGUGCCCUCAAGCUCAUCGACGUCAACAAGACGGGCCUGGUGCAGCCGCAGGGGCUGCGGCGUGUCCUGGAGACCUUCUGUCUGAAGAUGAGAGACGAUGAGUACAGGACGUUUGCGCAGCACUACAACAUUGAUAAAGACACCGCGGUGGAUUACAAUGUUUUUUUGAAGAACCUCAGUAUAAAUAAUAACUUAAACCUUAAGUACCACACGGGAAACCAAGAGGUCUCCUGGGAGAGUCAACAAGUCAGAAACUCCAGAAGGGACUACCUCUUCAGUUCAGAUCUGUCUACAAGUGUCUGGGAAGACUGUCCCUUAGAUGAAAUCGGGAGGACCUUUUGCCAAGAGUUUUCAAGGUCCCGUGAAAAGAUUGAAAAAGCCCUGAGUGCGGGGGACCCCUCCCAGUGUGGGUACGUGUCUUUGAAUUACCUCAAGAUCGUCCUGGACACCUUUGUACGCCGACUGCCAAGAAGAGUUUUCAUCCAGUUAAUGAAAAGAUUUGGGCUUAAAACCACCAAGAAAAUCAAUUGGAAGCAAUUUCUAGCAUCACUGCAUGAUCCUCAGUGGACAGAAGUUAACAACACAGUUCCCCUGACAAGAAAAAUGUGUCAACUUCGCAAGGAAAACGUGAUCACCAAGUUGUUCGGGCACGGAGACCACCACACGUCACUGAAGAAGGCUCUGCUGGUCAUCAACAGCAAAGCAGAUGGACAGAUGAAAGGGGAGGAACUGCGGCACAUCCUGAACUGCAUGGUGGGAAAGUUGAGCGAUUCAGAGUUCGGGGAACUGAUGCAGAUGCUGGACCCCGGGGGCACGGGGCUGGUCUCCGUGCGCGCGCUCACCCAGCUGCUCGAGGAGGCCCCUCUCACAGGAAAGCCGUCCUCCUGUGCAGACUCAGGGAUGCUUCACCCACCGGCUCGGGACUCGGUGGAAGCCAUGGUCUGUGACGCCGUCGGCAGGAACGUGCAGGCCUUCCGCAGCAUGCUGCGGUCCUACGACCUCGGCGACACCGGGCUCAUGGGCGCCAGCGGCUUCAAGAAAGUCAUGCACAUAUUCUGUCCGUGUUUAACGACGGAGCAUUUAACAACGCUCUGCAGUCAGUUUCAGGAUGCUGCUUCAGGACGAGUCCUCUAUAAGAGCCUGUUGGCAAGCCUGGGGGUUAAUGGCCCGCCCCCCGUCUCUCCGGUUCUCACUCCGAAGGACCGGCUGUUCCGUGAACGUGUCGGGAAGGAGGAGCAGCAGCAGCCGGAUUGUUCUGAGAGAACCAGGCCCACGGAGGAGAGAAGGCCCGCGACCAAGAAUGGGCCCAAGGAGGAAGCCGUCAGAAAACUGCAAACCUGCGCGGAGCAGCAGGCCCCAGCGUUCAGGAAACAGUUUCUGGAUGUCAGCAGGGAACCGGAUGGCAAAAUCAACGCGUGUGACUUCAGGAAGGCGCCGGAAGAUCAGGGAAUGCCCGUGGGUGACGACCAGUACGCCCAGCCGACAGCCAGAAUGGGAUUCAAGAAAGAAGGGAGGAGUGAUCUGGAUUUUACCACCAGAGUUGAAGGUAUGGAAGGGCCACAGGUGAACCCACCUCAGACUGCAAUUCCUCCAAAAAGUACCGUGACCAGCCAUUUUGUCAGUGCUGAAGAGUGCCUGCAACUCCUCCCCCAGAGACUGAAGGAGUUCUUCCGGAACCCCUACUCGGCCUUCUUCCGGAUGGACACCGACAGGGACGGCAUCGUCAGCAUGCAGGACCUGCACCGGCUGCUGCGGCGCCUGCUGUUCAAUCUCAAAGACGAGGAGUUUGAGCGUCUGCUGGGCCUUCUGGGCCUGAAGCUUAGCGUCACGUUAAAUUUUCGGGAAUUCCGAAAUUUGUUUGAGAAAGAACCACUCACAACAGACGAUGCGCCUCAGAGACUCAUUAGAGCAAAACAGAAGGUCACAGAUUCCGAACUAGCUUGCGAACAGGCUCAUCAGUACCUCGUUACCAAAGCAAAGACCAGAUGGUCGGACUUGUCUAAGAAUUUCAUGGAAACAGACAGUGAGGGCACCGGCAUUCUCCGUCGGCGGGACGUAAAGAACGUGCUGUUCGGCUUUGACAUUCCCCUCACACCUCGAGAAUUCGAAAAGCUCUGGAUGCGCUACGACACCGAGGGGAAAGGGCAGCUAACUCACCGGGAGUUCUUGCAGAAGUUGGGGAUUGACUACUCAGCAGAUGUCCACCGGCCCUAUGCGGAGGACUACUUCAACUUCAUGGGUCACUUCACCAAGCCGCAGCAGGGGCGGGCCGAGGUCGUGCAGCUGCCACAGAGCACCGGGAAGGCAGCAUCAGCCCGGGACAAGCUGAGGGACCGUUACGAAGACGUCAGGAAAGCUCUGGCCGCGCUCGGCGACUCCAGGGGCAGCUCCGUGUCCAUGUGCCAGCUGCAGAAGGCGCUGCGGGAGGGCGGCUGUCCCCUCACGGAGGAGGAGCUGACCGAGCUUCUGGGCAGUUGGGGAAUCAGCCGGCAAAAUAACUGCAUCAAUCACCUUGACUUCUUGAGAGCCGUGGAGAAUAGCAAGCCCCCCAGACCCGAGUCGGAAGAAACAGCGGCAGACGUGCCGGUCAGUUUCGAGAGACUGCGUCCAGAGGAGGUCCUAAAGAACGUCCAGAAAGUUGUCGCCGCCUCCGGCCCAGCUCUGUACGCGGCGUUUUCUGCCUUGGACAAAGAGGACACUGGGUUUGUGAAGCCUUCGGAUUUUGGACAGGUUCUUAAGGACUUCUGUUACAAACUCACCGAGACCCAGUACCAUUACUUCCUGAGAAAGCUAAGACUUCAUCUAACCCCCUCCAUAAAUUGGAAGUAUUUUCUCCAGAACUUCAGCUGUUUUCUUGAAGAGACUGCUGCUGAGUGGGCUGAGAAAAUGCCCAGAAGCCCACUGCCCAGGUCUCCCAAGGAAAUGGCGAGCCCAGAGACCCUAGCCCGGCUGCACAAAGCAGUGACUGCCCAUUACCACGCCAUUGCCCAGGACUUUGAAAACUUCGACACCUUGAAAGGGAGCACCGUGUCCAAGGACGAGUUCAGGGCCAUCUGUACUCGCCACGUCCAAAUCCUGACGGAUGAACAAUUCGACCGGCUCUGGAGCGAGAUGCCAGUCGACGCCAAGGGGCGGCUGAAGUACCCGGACUUCCUGAGCAGGUUCAGUUCGGAGAGAGCGGCAACCCCGCCCGGCACUGACGACUCAGCCAAGGCCCAGAGAGGGAGCGAGGUCCCCGAAGUGUCUGGAGGAGGCGGGUCUGCGGGGUCCCCACCCACCGGAGACCUGAGAGCAGGGACCAAAGCACGGAGCCACCUCUGUACGCCCGCCAGCGCGGGCACGGCGCCGGGCACCCCGCUGCUGCAGAACUGCGAGCCCAUCGAGCGCAAGCUGCGGAGGACGAUCCAGGGCUGCUGGCGGGAGCUGCUGAAGGAGUGCAAGGAGCGGGACACGCACCGGCGCGGGGCCAUCGCCGCGGCCGAGUUUCUGGCGCUGGUGGAGAAAUUCAGCCUGGACAUCAGCAGAGAGGAGUGCCAGCAGCUCGUUGGGAAGUACGACCUGAAGGGCGACGGGAGCUUCGCCUACUGCGACUUCCUGCAGAGCUGUAUCCUGCUGCUGAAGACCAAGGAGACCUCGCUGAUGCGGAGGAUGAAGAUCCAGAACGCCCAGAAAAUGAAAGAAGCUGGUGCUGAGACUUCUUCCUUUUACUCGGCACUGCUGCGCAUUCAGCCCAAAAUUUUGCACUGCUGGCGGCCAAUGCGGCGCACCUUCAAAGCCUACGACGUGGGUAGCACGGGGCUCGUGGGCGUGGCCGAUUUCCGGAAGGUCCUGAGAGAAUACAGCAUCAACCUGUCAGAGGAGGAGUUCUUCCAUAUUCUGGAAUACUAUGACAAGACACUGUCUUCGAAAAUCUCCUACAACGACUUCCUCAGGGCCUUUCUCCAGUAGGGCCCAUGGCGGUGUGCUCGGCGUGGACAGAGGGGGAACGCAGGGCCGGUCCCCGAGACCAGUAGAGCCGUACGACCCGGGAAAUUCCUCGGACCCCCCAGACCAUCUCCAGAAACCAGACAGGCCACACCGAGCCAGCGUUUUCCCGGUGCUUAGCCGGGCUCAGCACCGCGCCUCCACCCCGGCUGCAGGGAUGCCCGCUCCGGGCAGCCUUGACAUUGUCCCCAAGACUCAGGCACCCCCCCCCAUUCA